AUGGCAUCGGUGACUGGCCCAGCCUGGAAAAGACUUGGUCUCAAAUUGAAGUUUGCCGAGCAAGCCGCCCCCGAGCGUCGAAAACGCAGUGCUUCUAACGGGCAUGAUUCUGUUCGAGAAUCAAGGCCCAAUCAAUCGCCCACUCAGUUUGAGGGAGACUCCCCACAGUCAACCAAGAAGAAAAGGAAAACAUCGAAGCAUGAAACCAAUUUAACACGACCAGAGCAAGCCAACCCGAUCUUGGAGCUACCCUUGGCUUCGAAUGGCGAUGAUACGAGGUCCAAAAGACCAAAGAAACAAGUCUCUUUCUCCUCUGAUACGAAAAAAAAUGUAGAAACGCCUGCCCCGUCAUCAACUCAACCUCAGCAUGUGGAUCCCAAGAUACCACAGUCCAAGUCCAAGUCCAAAUUCGCGAAGCUGCAAACAUUUGUGAAGAAAUCUACGCCGGCUCUGGAUUACCUGAGCCAAUACUACAGUGGCCGAUCGUCUUGGAAAUUCAAUAAAAAUCGAGAAACUUGGCUCCUGAAGCAUAUCUUCUCAGUAGUCGAUGUGCCCCGCCAAUAUGACCUUCCAAUAGCCAGAUAUAUCCACGGGCUACAAGGAAAUAAUGCACGACAGAGACUAAAGACAGAAAGCGAAAAACGGUUAAGGGACGAGGGCAGUACUGCGAAUGGAGAGGCUCGUCGCCAAGAGGAUCCAACAAAAGAUGAGGAAUAUCGAAAGCGAUUUUUCCAAGAUCUGGAUGGUCGAGAAGACUCGAGCAAGCUUGAGGAUGUUGAUGAGAGUGAUGAAUAUCGCCGUUGGGUCCAGCGACAUCCUCGGGCAGAGAUUUUGCUCUGGGCACUAGUGGGCUCAUCUCUCCCGACCAGCACUGAGGAGUUGCAGGAGUCAUCUGCAUCAUUGAGCAAGGCGAAGAAGCGGAAGAACAGGACGACAAUUGUCGAAUACGACAGUUCAAGCUCUAGUGACGGCGACGAAGACAGCAGCAGCAGCAGUGAUGUUACCAGCAGUGACGACGAGUCUUCUACGAGUUGA